AUGUCUUUCAGAAACUCCGCCAUCCGUGUGGCCAGACAAGCUUCUUCCAACGCUGCUAAGCAAAUUGCUGCCAAGAGAGCCCUCUCUGCCUUGGCUUCCAGAACUACCCCAAGAUUGGCCAAGUCUGUUGCGCCAUUGGCUACUCGUGGUAUCAAGACCAUCAACUUUGGUGGUACCGAAGAAAUUGUCCACGAACGUUCCGACUGGCCUAAGGAAAAGUUGCUUGAAUACUUCAAGGACGACACCUUGGCCUUGAUUGGUUACGGUUCUCAAGGUUACGGCCAAGGUUUGAACUUGAGAGACAAUGGUUUGAACGUUAUCAUUGGUGUUAGAAAGAACGGUGCCUCUUGGAAGGCUGCCAUUGAAGAUGGCUGGGUCCCAGGCGAGAACUUGUUCGACGUCAAGGAGGCUAUCCAAAAGGGUACUUACGUCAUGAACUUGUUGUCCGACGCUGCUCAAUCCGAAACCUGGGCUGAACUUAAGCCAUUGAUCACCAAGGGCAAGACCUUGUACUUCUCGCACGGUUUCUCCCCAGUCUUCAAGGACUUGACCCACGUCGAGCCACCAUCUGAUGUUGAUGUCAUCUUGGCUGCUCCAAAGGGAUCUGGUAGAACCGUGAGAUCCUUGUUCUUGGAAGGUAGAGGUAUCAACUCUUCUUACGCCGUCUGGAACGACGUUACCGGCAAGGCAGAAGAAAAGGCUAUUGCUUUGGCUGUUGCCAUUGGUUCUGGUUACGUUUACCAAACCACAUUCGAGAGAGAAGUCAACUCUGACUUGUACGGUGAGAGAGGCUGCUUGAUGGGUGGUAUCCACGGUAUGUUCUUGGCUCAAUACGAGGUGUUGAGAGAGAACGGCCACACUCCAUCUGAGGCUUUCAACGAAACAGUUGAAGAAGCUACUCAAUCCUUGUACCCAUUGAUUGGAAAGUACGGUAUGGACUACAUGUACGACGCUUGUUCCACAACUGCCAGAAGAGGUGCUUUGGACUGGUACCCAAGAUUCAAGGAUGCCUUGAAGCCUGUUUUCGAGGAAUUGUACGAGUCUGUUAAGAACGGUUCUGAGACCCAGAGAUCCUUGGACUUCAACUCCCAACCAGACUACAGAGAGAGAUUGGAGGAGGAGUUGGAGACCAUCAGAAACAUGGAGAUCUGGAAGGUCGGCAAGGAAGUGAGAAAGUUGCGUCCAGAAAACCACUAA